CUAAUUCAGAGAAAUGGUGUGUUUAUGUGGUGUUGGAAUGAUUCGAAAAAUGUCUGACAGGGAAAACACACAUGAACAGCAGAAAAACAACACAUUUUCCAAAAAAAUGUUGUUUUCUAGAACAUACUUUCUGCAGAGUGGCGGGAGUUUAUUAGUAGCUCAUCAGAGUUGUGGGCGGGACCUUUGGUCUGGAGCAAACCCGCCCCCUUCCCCUUCCCCUCCCUGUUGCUGAGAACUCAGAGCAGGGAGCUUGAGAAUUUACAAUCAUCUUCAAAUUAGGUUUAUUGUCUGCUCCUGAUUCACAACAAUUUGAAUAAAGAAAUACUCAGAAAUACAGUUUUAAGCUUCAUUUUCUUUCUUCCAUCAUCGUAAAAAUGCUACAUUAGUAGGUUAAAAACACACUUUUCAUUGAGAAUACUUGAGUUUCUGCCCUGUUUAUGUCCUAAAUCAUGACAAAGUCACGUUUAAUUGAGGAUUUUUAUUGCACAUUCUUCCAUGCAUCCUACUCUGAGAGUUAUCUAGACGUUUGUAACUUUGAGACUAAAUGGAGUUUUUAUUGAAUGAAACUGUUUUCAGGUGAGGCAACCCUCCCCCCCUCCCUCCCUCCUCCACCUCUGCAGCCCCUCCCACUCCUUUAUGUUUAAAUGUGGGCUAGCGAGCUUGCAGGUAAACGCUUGCUCUCCUGGGCGACACUCACCUGCAGGCGGAGCAAAGGGAUUUUGACAGAGAGAGAUGAGCACGACAGGUGGACCUCUGAACACAGAACCCAGCAGCAAAGCCUGAACAAUUUAACUCAAAACCAACAGAUUUUGGAUGGAAAUAUUCAAGUUUAAGAAAUUGAUCCAUGAAGACUUUAUUCUGACAUCAGAGCCACAAACUGGUGGAAUUUUCUCAAGAAGUGGAUCUAAGUAAAGAUGUUUCUAAAACAAAACAAUAAAAAUUUUAGCCAUCUCCUAUAAAAAAAAAAACUAAUUAUUAUUUGAAGAAGACAAGAGCGCAGAAGGAUUUUUCUUUAAAUAAAAACAAAACAAAGACACAUUUUUCUUUUUUUUUCUUUUUUCUUUUAACCAGACUUCACAUUUGGAUUAAAAACCAGAGCUGGACCCUCCUCAGCAUUAGGAUCAACUUCUGACCAGGGAGAUCAUCUCGAUGUCAAGGUCUUAUUUUGGUCUCAGUUUGUCAGGAAGAUGAUGUAGAGAAAUGCUGAUGCGGCCCAACAAGUCUUCACUGCCUUCAGCGGGGAUGUGGUGUUAUCCCCUCCUCCUUACCGGGGUGUUGCUCACUGUUCCGGUCCAAAGCCAAAGCUGGAGACCCUGCACAGACCUCCUGCCGCUCGAUCUGCUGUCCAGAGCUCUGGCAAGUCCAAGUCAAUCCCUGACGUCACAGCUGCAGAUGGUUCAGUCCAGAGGAUCCAGAGGUUUCAGGCUGGCUGGCACAAUGGCGACAUCUAUGAGUUUUCGUGCUUCACAGAUUUUCACCAACUGUAACUAUUUUCCUGCGGAGUUCUCCCUGGUUGCCACCCUGAAGAUCUCAAAACUGAGACAAAAAACAAAUGAAUACAUCUUCUCUGUGGUGAAGGAGGGCUCUAAUUUGCUGCUGCUCGGGUUACGCGUCUCUGAGAACCACCUGCAUCUGGUGAUUUUGUCUCCGGCUGUUGGUAGGCGGAGCCGAGUGACUUUUAAGGACGUCAACUUAGACGAUAACAGGUGGCACACUGUGGUUCUUGCUGUCACUGGACCGUAUGCCACGCUGACCGUCGACUGUGGACUGCCUCUGGAGAUUAAACAGGUCCAAUCAUUUCCUAGCGCUCUCAGCACCAAAGGUUCAAGGUUCUUCAUUGGCGGCAGAGGCCAGUGGCGGGGCCGCUUCACCGGUCUGCUGCGCCAGCUGGUCCUGCUUCCAGGUUCUGACGCCACACCCAGACUGUGUCCCAACUCUGAACCCAGUCUGGCCGAGCUGUCCGUUCCGCAGGUCCUGAAGUCCACGCCUCUCCAGCCGGACAGUCAAGGACCGGUUUAUCCGUACGAGGCUGAAACUCGAGUGACAGUGGGAGACCAUCCUCCAUGUUCGAAACAGGAGCAUGGCCAGCUGUGGUUCAACACCCAAAGGAAGAGCCUGUUCAUCUGUGACGGGCUGAUGUGGAGGACACUCCUGCAGAAUAAAGAGCGUUUGGACUAUGUGGAGGAUUACCAGGACCUGUACACUCGAUCCGAAACCUUAGACAUCGAGGUCUUCUUCAUCCCAUCUGAAGGCCUGUUCAUGGCUGCAGCCAACAAGGACUCCAGGCUCGGCUCAGGUAUCUUUAGAUGGAAAAACGGCUCCUUCCACUUUUACCAAAACAUCAGCACUCAGGAGGCCAGAGCCUGGAAGCACUUUACCAUCGAUAACAAGACUUUCCUGGUUGUGGCAGACUUAAGGGAAGAGGAGCCUGAGCUGUCCAUCAUCUAUCGUUGGAACAAGAGGCGGCGGCGUUUCGUCCGUCAUCAGGCUCUGGAGACUCAUGGAGCUCAAGACUGGGAGGCUUUCCAGAUCCACAACAGCAGCUUCCUGGUGGUGGCCAAUCACAGAGCCAGGGACGUCAACCAUAACAUCCACAGUGUGAUCUACAGGUGGAACCCUGACACCAAGCUCUUUGAGGUGAAUCAAACUCUUCACACAACUGGAGCAUUUGACUGGGAGUUCUUCACUGUUGGACCGUACCACUUUCUGGUGGUGGCCAAUACCUUCGAUGGUCGGACUACAACUAUUAGCUCCACGAUAUACGUCUGGUUGGACGGCCGCUUCAAGAGCUUCCAGAACAUCACGACGGUUGGAGCCACAGACUGGGAGGCGUUCCAGAUUGACGGCAGAUUCUUCCUCGCUGUCGCCAACAGCCAGAAGUUUACGGACACGGGCCAGAGUUUGUACAGUCUCAACUCCACCGUUUACGAGCUCAACACGCUGACUCAGACCUUCAUCCGCUUCCAGGACAUCCUCACUCACAGCGCUCUGGACUGGGAGUUCUUCAUCAUCGGAGAUGAGAAGUUCUUGGUUGUGGCAAACUCUCAUGAUGGCAGCUCUUACUCUCUGAACAGUGUCAUCUACAGGUGGCAGGGUUACGAGGGCUUCGUCCCCGUCCACAGUCUCCCCACGUUCGGCUGCAGAGACUGGGAGUACUUCAGCACGGAUGAAGGCUCCUUCCUAAUCUACUCCAGCGCCAUGUCCCCCCUGAGCAAGGUGUUCCGACUCCGAACAUACUGACAAACUCCUGACUUUCUGUGGCCUUCCGGACAUGCAGGACCUCUGAGAUUCCUUCUGUCUAGACUGGAUCUUGGUCUUCAUCAGGGUCAGGAUACUUUUUUUAAAGGAACUUUAUUUAUAACAAGUUGCACUUUGGUAAAGACUCCACCUGAGGAGUACAGAAGCUCAUUUGACUUCAAUGAACCAGAUAGUUAACCAUACCAGCAACAAGCUGGUGAAAAUACACUGAAAUAUCCUCCUCAGCUGUCACAAUUUUCUGCACAUUUUCUAUGUUUUCUGCUUCAUCAGGAUGUGAUGAAACACCAGAUUUAUACGUCCCGUUUCCUCCUCAAAAGUCAGGGCCAGUUACUCUAAUUGUGUCUAAAAACACACAAAAGAACUGAACUCACACACAGAGGUCACAUCUUUACUGAAGGAAUUUGAGGUAAAAUCCUCUUAAAAGUUCUUCAAAUCACAUGGCUGUUAUUUAUGAGUUUUUCUCACAAAAAUAAAGGCUGCUGCUUUACAAAACAAA